AUGUCGUCGGUGUCUCUCGGCAUCCCGGAGCGGCUCGGCUACGUGCAGUGCAAGUUCUGCACCACCAUCUUACUGGUGAGCGUGCCGUGCAGCAGCCUGCUGCUCAAGAUGGUGGCCGUGCAGUGCGGCCGCUGCUCCGGCAUCCUCUCCGUCAGCGUGGCUUCUCCCCCGCCGUCGCCGCCAUCGCCGUCGUCCGUCGAGCUGCCUCUGCAGGAGCUGGGAGUUGAUCCGCCCCCCAGGGAGUGGUCGGACGAGAGCAGCGGAGCCGACGACGAAUGGGAGGGUCAGGCUGUGGAGAACAAUGCCGCCGCCGUCAACAAACCGCCGGUGAGGAAGCAGCGGACGCCCUCGGCCUACAACUGCUUCAUCAAGGAAGAGAUAAAGAGGAUCAAAGCCGUGGAGCCCAAGAUGACCCACAAGGAAGCGUUCAGCACUGCUGCUAAAAACUGGGCUCACUUACCCAGAAUUCAGCACAAGGGAGACUGA